UACGGUCAUGCGACAAGCCUCUUCYAUCACCAUCGGUAAAGAAACUAUACAGAAUCUCGAAAGAUGACGCCGGCUGUGGAAAACCCUCCAACAGAGGAUAACACAAAUGAAGCAAUUGCUUCUGGAACUGAAAGUGACAGUGAUGAUGAAAUGCCAGAACUUGAAGAAGCUGGYGAUGGCCAAACCAACAUUUCUGGUGACAUGGCCGCUGCCGCUGGCAUAACAGAGGAACCAGUAAGCAAAGCCAAACAAGGACGUAGUGAAAAGAAAUCCAGAAAAGCAAUUGGUAAACUUAACUUAAAAGCUGUCCCAGGCGUCAACAGAGUUACAGUCAGAAAGUCCAAAAACAUAUUAUUUGUCAUCAACAAACCGGAGGUCUUCAAGAAUCCUGGAUCUGAUACCUACAUUAUCUUUGGUGAGGCAAAGAUUGAAGAUCUCAGUCAACAAGCCCAAGUGCAGGCUGCCGAAAAAUUCAAGACACAACAAGCAGCUCCCACAAUCCCCGAAAACAAACCAGCCGUCGAACAAAUGGAGGAAGAAGAAGGAGAAGAGGUUGAUGAGACUGGUGUGGAAUCAAAAGAUAUCGAACUCGUCAUGCAACAAGCCAAUGUUUCCAAAGCUAAGGCUGUCAGAGCACUUAAAAAUAAUCAAAAUGAUAUCGUCAAUGCUAUCAUGGAACUUACGAUGUAGUAUUGGAUUCAUUUUGUAAUUGAGACACUCGCUUUAAGAAUAUAUAUCCCUGUACAGUUUCUUUACUGUUAAUGCCCCUCAACAAACAUUGAAAAAAUAAAAAAUGAAAACAAC